UUGAUUUUGUGCAAUAAUGUUACUUCGUUGGAGUUUCUUUCUUCUUAUAUUUGUCUUAUUCGACAACAAUGAAAUAAGAGGCUCAAGAAGUUAUACUCCCAGCCGGGGCAGUUCAUCCGGAUCCAGGUCAACCGGGUCCCGAUCACCGUCAUAUGGCUCCUCAUCUUAUCGAACUUCGAGACCAAGCGCAAGUCAUGGCUCCUUUGGAUGGCACACUACUUCUAGACCCAGAUAUACUACAAGACGAACUCAACAUUACCAUAUAACUACUAUGCCUACUCAUAGAACUACAAGAAGGUACUAUAUGACCACGAUGCCUACCCACAGAACCACCAAGCACCACUAUAUGACUACAAUGCCUACCCACAGAACCACUAAGCACCACUAUAUGACUACAAUGCCUACUCACAGAACCACGAAGCACCAUUACAUAACUACAAUGCCUACUCAAAGAACCACGAAGCACCCUUACGUAACUACAAUGCCUACUCACAAAAUUACUAAACAGCCUCCGUACAAUCCGUUUUUCUCUUCUACAAUUAAACCAAAUCACGCUGGUUCGCAUUUAACCACAAAGCAACCAGCGUAUAAUCCGUUCUUCUCAACAACCAAAGUUACCCACAACAAUUUGCAACAAGGCAGCUGGAAUGGACAUAAAAACACGACUCGCCAGCCAGCACACAAUCCGUUCUUCAGUACUACUACCAAGCAGCCACCAUAUAAUCCAUUCUUCAGCAGUACUACUCACCGGCCAUUCGGAAAUACGUCGAACAAUCAUCAUCAGACUUCCGGAAUCUGGGGUAGCACCAAGACCACUUCUAAACCUUCUCAUUAUUUUAAUCGCACGCAAACUAUAAGACCUUUGCAAAAUGGAAUACACAAUGGGGGAAAUCAACAUGGUAGUGGUCAUAAUGGAGGAGGAAGUAAUGGAAAAUGGAAUAACACAAGGCCCACAGAACCCCAUAGGCCUCCAGUGACACAGAAACCUAUAGUGACGCAUAGACCAUGGGGACCUUCAUUUAGUGGUCAUAAUACAACAAAUCACAAGUUCACUAAACCUUCCUGGAAUAAUUCUCAUACUGGUAUAUCAUCUUCGAUCCAUAGACCUGUGUACCAACCACCCGGUGCAAUUGUUAACCCUCACGUGAAUCGUCCAAGUUAUAUUACUGGUUCUCAUCCUAAUCCAACGUCCCCCACUCAUCACACAACUGUAAUUAAUAAUAACAAUUACCACUAUCAUCCAGGAGCAGGUUAUUAUCAUCCUUCAACGGGAUCAGUAUCCCACGUAACCGUAAUUAACAACAACCAUUACGUUCCUAAUUAUCACCACAGAGUUAUAAUUCCUUCGCAUCAUUACUACAGUUAUGGACCACCAGCUGUUGGAAUUACCAUUUUAGACAGUGAUUACUACCACUAUCAUCCCCUUUCGUCUCAUUAUGUAACUACCUAUCAUUACACGCCAGUACAUACGGGCAGUACAAGCUUAGGAUUCUUCUUAGGCUACCAGUUGGGAAGAAUUUCCAGGCCGAGUUAUUAUUACCACAGUACUAGCUAUGUUAACAACGAAUACGUUCCUAGGUACGAUCACUACGACAUACACCACUAUUACCACAACAGCCAAAGUGUACCUAAGGAGGCUCCGAUUCAACCCAACGCUAUAGUUGUUUGUGCUGGUGAUUCUAGCCAACUUUGUCCCAGUGGCAACAUGCCAUUGUGUACAAACAACGGAGCAGUAAUGUGUGUGGUUAGUGCCCAAUCAACAGAACCUUGUGCCGAUAACAAAGAGAACAGCUGCGCUAAAGGCACCAUCAAUUGCCAAGGAAAUAAUUCACCGGAAUGUAAACAACAAAACCAGGCCACGAUAAGCAUUCCAUGCGUUUCCACCGCUAAAAUCGCCGCUGGUGUUAACCUUGUCAACAACAGUUUGAUAGUAACCGAUCCUAACGAUUCCAGCACGAAGAACUUCUGUGUUACAAUUUUAGCUCUGCCGGCGCAAAGUAAAAACGCUACAGUUUCCGGUAAAUUAGCCAAAGCACCGACACCAAUAGAAUUUAGCUUACCUUUCCGGUACACAACCAACGAUACCGGCGUAAGUUUACUGGGCUAUUACUUAGGAGAGAAACUUCAAAAUUUAAUUGAACCCAGUUAUUCGUUCCUGAAUUACGACGAGAAUUACACGUACAUAGAGAAGUUUAAUCACUACAACGUGUUCCAUUAUGAUCACGACGCUACUGUAUUACCAAAUAUAGUAGAUAUUAAAUCUGACCAAAUUAUGUCUUGUGCUGGUGACAGUGGAACAUUUUGCCCUCAAAACACGACAUCAGUUUGUCUAUACGACGGAGCAGUUAUUUGCGUAACCGAAUUAAAUUCGACCAUUGUGAAUAAUGAAUCGAAAGUAAAUUACAUUCGUAGCAAUAUAUCUUGUUCCAAUUUGAGAUCACCAGCUUGUACAAUGUCGGCACAAAAUAGUACCAUUACAAUUGACAUUCCUUGCAUAUCUACAGCUCGCUUGUACGCAAAGAGUAGUUACUUGAUUAAAACCUACGGUACUGGAGCCAGCAGUAUAAAUUACAAGACUUUAACACCUGUGCUAAACGGAACUACAGUAGAAGCGUUAGAAAGUCCUCGUGAAUUGUGUGUUACAGUUCUGGCAUUACCAGGCGAGAGGGCUAUAGUAAAAUCACCUAAAGUUAGAAAAGUUUCUGGAAUUCCCAAUGCCCCUCAUUCACUCAGACUGCCCCGUUAUACUUACACAACUGCAGAUGCUAGUAAGGACGCGUAUGGUAAUGAGUUGAUAAAAAGACUGAACAACAUUUAUUAUCCUACUUACUACUGGAUAAAUGCCUACUUGUAUCAAACUAACGGAGAAGUUCAAAAGUAUGACCAUUACUCUCUUCAUUAUUACAACCACAGUGACGAGAUAAUACCUAAUGAUGUUCAGAUUCAAGCUACGGAUAUCAGCGGAUGUAGUGGUGAUACAGGUAUUUUAUGUUCUCAAAAGGGUUCUAGUUCCUUAUGUACGACUGAUGGUACAGUGUGGUGUGUAACUGACCAGUUACUUACGGAUAUAUGUCCCAAGAGGAAUAAUUCCGCUUGUGUUAAAACUGCCAUUCCUAAAAAGAUAGUUCUAGGUUGUAUAUCCACAUUAACAGUAACAGGUGACGUUUUGGCAGUUAACGACACUAUUUACACGAAAAAGGUAUCAGAGAGCAGAUCUUACGUAGAUAUCCAACCGAUGCCUGGCAAUUACAACAAUACAAGUAAAGCUCAACAUUUCUGCGUAACUCUCGUGGGAAUUCCUAUAGAAAGAAACAUCACCACCGGAGAAAAACUUUUUGACAAUUCAGAUUCGUUGUUCGGCAUGAUAGCUUCUAAAAUUUUCGGUUAAACUCAAAGAAGCCUUUCUUUUAACUACUUAUACAUAUGUUAGUAGAGGUUGUAGUUUCAUCACAUUUUCAUCACAUUUUAACUAAUACUCAAUUAAUGAAUUACUUGUUGUACCUACAUAUAUUCUAUUCAUUAAAAUGUUUGAGAAGUAGAUUUAAUUCAUGCUUUUAAUUAUAAUUCUUCAAAAUUUAGAAAUUUUGUAGAUAUAAUAUAAAUCCAUUACGCAUUUGUUUACAUGCUAGAAAUUAAAAAAUUCUCAAACGUUGUAAAAGAGGGAUAAAUAUUAAAAUGAGAAAUGUGUUUACUAUACUUAUAAUUUGUUUAUGUAUUAAGAUACAUAUUUCGACGAACUAUUAUUUUCGACACUGACUUCUGUUCGGUUCGAAGAAGUAUGCAGAUAACAUGCUGUUACAACUUUAUCAAUUUUGUAAUAAAUGGAAUUUAAAUAUUUUCCAAACAUA